GAAGAAUUCACAGCACGAUGCACCAAGAUGACGAAGUGUGGGAGGUCGUGCUCGGAAGGAAGGUGGGCCCGCUGCAGCUGGGGGCGACGCUCUCGGACGCCAUCGCCGUGCUCAAGCGACGAAGUCCUGUCCGUGCGUUUGAGAUCGAGUACAACGAAGAUGAUCCAUAUGCGUCCGAUAUUGUGAUAACCUCGCCCGAAGACGGAUUCAAGUUGCAAUUCCACAGCGUGACUCAGCUCUUGACGGUAAUUGACGUCUUCCAAAUGGGCAACAUGUCCCUUCGAUACCAAAGCAGCAUUCUGUGCGGGAAGAAUGCGACUCCAACGUUCCAGUCCGUGUACGAGGUGGUGGGCCCGACAUACCCCGGCACAUAUAACCCGACGACAACGAUAUACACGCUGCAUUACAUGGGAGGAUCCUUCCGGUUUCCCAUUCCGAAAGAGUACAAGAAGCUGUACACGAACAAGGACGUUCUCCCGUUGGAGCUGCCCAAUGGCAGCACGCCCGCCGCGAUUGGAUUCUCCAUCUACAGCGGCACCGACGAGCCUUCUACUACCACGACCAGUGUCCUUCCGCUGGUGCCGCUGAGACAGCAUUAUUACGAGCCCGUCGUCGUCGAUCUAUCCAACAUGCACAAGAUCAGCUUGGCGUUCUCGACCUCGAACAGGUCCAUAGCACUCGGCGCGACUCCGCAAGACGUGAUCAGCGCGCUGGGUCCUCCUUCGUCGGCGUAUUUCAAGUCGAGCCUCGAUGCUGCAGGAUGUCGUGGCGGCGAAUACUUUCACAACUUUGCCGAUUUGGGCAUCGACGUCAUGUACUCGGCUUGGCACGUUGUUGUCAAGGUCAUCCUGCGAUCAAACCUGCCAGGCCAUGGCGAGUUCAAUGCGUACUUGAAAUGCAAUUACGAGCUGCGCCAUUUUGGCGCGACAGCGCCAAUGCCGCCACAAGAUCGGAUCACCGUCACCCCCGAAACCACGGUAGAAGUGUGGUAGUUGCGUGUUCACCAGCGUACGUAGUGGUCGACCAUGCUCAAAGCGCUCGCCAUCUCACGCGACGACCUGCGCCCGAUCGUGUUUGAAAAUGGAUCGGUGAAAGACCCAUUCGACGCCAGCCGAUUCUACGAACCGUUUGCAGGCUGUCUUGUUGAGGUCCUCAAGAACGACUGCGUCGCCUCCGUGACCCUUUCGUGCCCGCCGUAGCAGGCCAUGAGGCUGUAGAAACCAUGCGUAACACGUUAUUCCAUCACA